UGCCUCUUUAAAUGUACUUAAAAUGUAUUACAGGAUAUUGGCUCGCGUAGGUGAUCUGAAUUUGGAUCCCACAAUCGAUGAUGGGGCAACCCCAUUGGAUAUUCCAAUUAAACGUAUUAUACGACAUAAAGAAUAUGACGUUCAGAAAUAUACCAAUAACAUCGCAUUACUGGUAUUGAAAAAUAUUGUUAGUUUUACUGCAUUGAUCCAACCAAUAUGUUUGCCACAAUUACCAAAUAUUAAAAACAUGGAUAUGGGAAAUAGUUUUUCGUUUAUUGCUGGAUGGGGAGAUUAUAUGUUUCGAGGUCCAAGCGGUACGUCUUUAAAAGAAGUCCAAGUUCCAAUAAUAAACCUUACAGACUGUAUAAAUGCUUAUAAAAAGAGUAGAUCCGUCAUCGAUGAUAGAAUGAUAUGCGCUGGAGAAGAAGGAAAAGACGCUUGUUCGGGUGAUAUUGGAGGUCCGUUAAUGUGGUUUAAGGAAAAACAGUUUUAUUUGAUGGGCAUUGUUUCUUAUGGUUAUAAAUGUGGUGAACCAAAUUCUCCGGGCGUGUACACCAGAGUACCUUAUUAUCUUGAUUGGAUUUUAGAGCGUAUAAACAGUUAAUACACUGAACAUUUUUUUAUAUCAAUACCUACUAACGAACGUAUUUAGUAAAACUUAAAAACUAUAUUACUUAUUCAUUUUACAUGUUCGUGUAAAUUAUACAAUUAUUCAAGUAUUCCA